GGCGCCUCGAAGGGCACCGCCGAGGGGGCGCGGGCACCGCUGGAAGCUGGGGCGAGGCGCCCGGGGGGGAUGCUGUGAAGGGUAAACGGCGGCGGCGAUGAGUGCCUCUGCGGCCACCGGGGUCUUCGUGCUAUCACUCUCGGCCAUCCCAGUCACCUAUGUCUUCAACCAUCUGGCGGCCCAGCACGAUUCCUGGACCAUUGUAGGGGUUGCUGCCUUCAUCCUGCUCCUAGUGGCCCUGCUGGCUCGUGUCCUUGUCAAAAGAAAACCACCCCGGGACCCACUGUUCUAUGUUUAUGCUGUCUUUGGAUUUACCAGUGUGGUGAACCUCAUCAUAGGCCUGGAACAGGAUGGAAUCAUUGAUGGCUUCAUGAUGCACUACCUGAGAGAGGCUGAGCCGUAUCUGAACACUGCAUAUGGGCACAUGAUCUGCUACUGGGAUGGGUCUGCUCACUACCUGAUGUACCUGGUGAUGGUGGCAGCCAUAGCAUGGGAGGAAAGUUAUAGAACCAUUGGCCUGUACUGGGUCGGAUCUAUUAUUAUGAGCGUUAUUGUUUUUCUGCCUGGAAACGUUGUGGGGAAGUAUGGAACACGAAUUUGCCCUGCUUUUUUCUUAAGCAUACCAUAUACUUGUCUUCCUGUCUGGGCUGGUUUCAGAAUCUAUAAUCAGCCAUCCGAAAAUUAUAAUUAUCCCUCAAAGGUCAUUCAAGAAGCCCAAGCGAAGGAUCUGCUGAGAAGACCAUUUGAUUUAAUGUUGGUGGUAUAUCUCCUCCUGGCAACUGGAUUUUGCCUGUUUAGAGGCUUGAUGCUGGCGUAUAUGUUCUAUUCUGUCCCUUACUUUGUGAUUGCACUUUAUGGCUUAGUGGUUCCUGGAUGUUCCUGGAUGCCUGAUGUAAGCCUGAUACAUGCUGGAGGUCUAGCUCAGGCUCAGUUUUCCCACAUUGGUGCUUCUCUUCAUGCUAGAACUGCUUAUGUCUACAGAGUCCCUGAAGAAGCGAAAAUCUUUUUUUUAGUAUUAAACAUAGCAUAUGGAAUUCUUCCUCAGCUUUUGGCCUAUCGUUGUAUCUAUAAACCAGAGUUCUUCAUAAAAACAAAGACAGAUGAAAAAGUUGAAUAAAAACAUUGCUUUAUGUUCUUUCUUUCUAAGUUACUAAACUUUUGUUAUAUUGGUUCUGAUAUUUUGUCCCAUUUUACUCCUUUCCCAUAUGUGUACACUUAAUUCCUGCUCUGCACUGUAUGUGUGAGCUAUAAUAUGGUAUUGUGCAGGUAAAUUUUUUGUCCUAUUCUGAAGGAGAACUGAAGUUGUUGAGAAACAGUAUCUUAAAAGAAAUAUAUUCUAACUUAUUUGUAAAUAAGCCUGAUCAUCUGUCUCACUGUUUGUACACAGUAAAUAACUGUUAGUGUGAAAUAUUACAAUUUAGCUCCCACAUUAAUAAGCAUGAAGAUGAAAUUAUUCACAAGUGACUGGGUCUAUGCAUAUUUAAAAAUUCAAAGUAGCAAAUGCAGACUGGAGAAGUUUUGCAUAUAAGUUACAUAUGCUUCAUUGUCAACUUUAAUCAAUAUGAAAGGCAGAUUAGUUUUAAAUGUUCUUUGAAAAAUGUUUUCCCAAGGAAAGUAUAUUAUUUACUGUUUUGAAAACUGCUUUUACUAAAUUAUUUUUGUGAACUUAAAUAGCUGAAGAAGGAUCAAUAAUCUUACCAUUACCCUUAAUGAGUUCUUAUUUUAUUGGUGAUAAUACUUUUAUUGUAUUUCUGUGUGUAUUUUUAAUAAAAUUAUUUUGGGCCUUUUA